AUGGAAGCAGACUGGUUUAUGUGUAGCUACAGAGUGGCACGUCGUCCCUGGGUGACACGACGAGAGUGGGGCGCCGUGGAGCCACCAGAGCAGUUGCGGCCGCUGGGACGUCCCCUGACACAUCUUUGGUGGAGUUACACAGGUUCAGAUAAAUGUCGCAACCACGAACAGUGUGAGAAGUACCUUCGAGAUUAUCAGACACAUUAUAUCAAGGCGGAUUACCCGGACUUGCCGCACAGUUUCCUGAUUGGAGGCAGUGGCAAGGUGUACGAGGGACGAGGUCUGAUGUUCGAGCCUGACAGAAGCGGAUUCAAAAAAGGAUAUCCUAUGAGAUGUAUUGACAUCGCAUUCAUCGGCGAAUUCCCUGAACGUGUGGUCCCCCAUAUAAUGAUGGCAACGGCAAAGAGGUUUGCCAAAUUCCUCGUCAGCAGAAGAAUAGUUCCAAAGAGGCAUUUCGUGAUAUCGUUCAUGAAGAAAAAACACCUGGAGAGGCCAGAAAAUAAAAUAAGACCAGAACCAGAAGAAUGCUCAAUGCCUGAUUGGUGUAAAUCAUACGAUUAACUCACCAUAAAGUGGU